AUGGCGACCACACACGAAUCCACAGCCGAAGACGCCACUGCUCUAUUCAAAUCCAUCGAAGAAAUAUUCCCAAAACUGACAUUGGGGGAAGAUAAAUGGUAUCUGCCUGUUCUCUCUGCGCUCGUAGGCGCUGCACCAGAUCAUGUUGGCACCCUAUACACCUACAUCGUCAACAAACCCGAUUUUUCAACUCCCGAAACACGUCAAGCUCUGGUACGCCGCCUCCGCGAAGCCCUCGUCAAGAAUAUAUCCAUCCAAGGGGUUUGCAAACCAAUCGAAGCUCUCUUCAGUAUUACGAAAGUGGAGCGGCCAGAAGAUAAGGAUUACUCAUUUUCGAGGGAAGGAUGGCAGACUGGGCCGGAGAAUUUGGCUAGAGGGGAACAGUGGCUAAAUACUAUAUACGAGGGCAAUCUUUCCGACGCAACCGACAAGUUCAUUGCUCACAAGGACUUUGACUUCAUCACCCGCCAGAUUUCAUACGGCUUCUACCUGUCCGAUCACACCAUCCUAGGACCCGUCGAGACCGAGUUGGUAGUGUUGUCCGGAAUCAUGAUACAAAACCUCCCCCUCGAAACGGCCUGGCAUCUACGAGGAACACGGAGAGUUGGUGUCAGUGCUGAAGAUGUGGAGUUGGUCCAACAAUGUGUGGAAAUGGUGGCCAAAUUUGCCAGUGUUAGCCUACACAAGGUGCCUAGGGUUGCUGAUGUUGAGAGCCAGGUAUAA